GGCUCCUUCGCCAUUCGCAAGUCCUCCCUCCUGGUCGGAGACAUCCUCGGCCAAGGCUCCUCUGGUGAGGUUAGGAGUGCCCUCUACAACGGAACCGUCGUCGCCGUCAAGACCCUGUGCUCCAAGCUCGACGUCCAUUCCGAGGAGGGCAAGGACCUGCUCAAGGAGAUCGGCAUGAUGAGCCACGCGUUCCGGCACAAGAACGUCGUGGACUUUCACGGCAUCUACGAGCAUGACGGGCUGCCUUGGCUGGUGAUGGAACUGAUGCCCGGGGGGAGCCUGGAGCAGUACUACGAGGCCAAGAAGCACUCUCGACGCGACGGACGCUGGCAGCCCAAGACGAGGAGGGCGGUGGCAUGGGUGGAGGACAUCCUGAGCGCGCUGGCGUACUUGCACUCUCAGAAGCCGCCGGUCAUCCACCGAGACAUCAAGCCGGCCAACAUGCUGCUGACGGGGGACGGGAGGACGGUCAAGAUCGGGGACUUCGGGCUUAGUCGCAUGUGUCCGCACGCCUCGUCAUACGACUUGACGGGGACGACGGGGACGUACCGGUACAUGGCGCCUGAGAUCUUCCGGGAAGAGGCUCGGUACACGUCGGCGGUGGACGUGUACUCGUUCUCCCUGGUGAUGUGGUUCAUCUUCGCUGGCGACCAUCCAUUUUGUAAUAUCGACGGCUACAUGAUAGCGAGGAUGGCAGCAACGCACAAUUUUCGUCCUGCUGUGCCGAGCGAUCGGACGAUGCCUCGGGAGCUACAGGAGGUGAUGAAGCGGUCAUGGGCGGAGAGGGCGGAGGAUCGGCCGAGGGCGGAGGAGCUACUG